GACCAGGAUAUAAACUGACAGGAGUAUCUACACUUCACACACUCUAACAUGCUUUUCUCGGAGACUGGGAGUUUGUUCUUUUAAAAAUCCUCCCUGAAAAUGACCAUCAGAAACUUUUUGAUUGAAUAUGACUCCAUCAACAGCAGGAACACCUUCACAAACGGAGAUGAAAUCAACGGGAGGAUCAUUGUGGAGAACUCGAAGGAGGUAAAGGUUCAAUCUCUGGUGUUUAUCGCCAAGGGAAAGGCUCGGGUUAUCUGGCAUGAGCACUACGGGCAACAUCAUCACCAUGUUUACUGGGCUGAUGAGAAAUACUAUGAAGUCAAACAUCACAUCUUGAGAGAGGCGAGACAAGACGGGACUGAAAUCAUUGGACCAGGCAGACAUGUGUUUCCCUUCACAUUCAGGAUUCCUGACAAGAGAAUCCCCUCCUCUUUUAAGUCAUCUAUCGGGAAGAUAGUCCACAAGCUGAAGGCAGAGCUUCAUCAGUCAAUGAAGUUAACUAAAACUGCAAAAGUCCAUUUUGAUUUUGUGUCCAAAGCAGACAUGGACAUUCCCAACCUUCUGGAUCCUCAGUAUGGCUGCAAGGAUAAAAACUUCAAGGUUUUUGGUUCUGGAAGUGUUUCUUUGGAUGUUCAUACCAACAAAAUGGGAUACAGACAAGGUGAAACUCUCCAAGUCACAGCUGAAAUCAAAAACAACGCGAGUCGCUCAGUGAAGCCCAAAUUUGAGCUCUAUGAGAAGAUCAGUUUUUUCGCACAAGGACGAAGGAGAUUGUCCACAAAUAAGAUCCUCAAGGAGAAGGCCGAGGCUGUGGAGGCUUCAUCUGGCAGCAAAACUGUCACCAAAACGAUCACCAUCCCGAGAGAGCUACCAGCCUCCAUCCUGAACUGCUCCAUCAUCAAGCGGGAAUACAGGCUGAAGGUAAUCCUGGACAUCAAAUAUGCUCAAGAUCCAGAGAUUAAACUCCCCAUAAUCGUCCUACCCAAGAUUUCAGGUGAAAAACAACCUACUGCCAACGCUGGAUUUGAAUCAUUUGGAGGAGCAAAUUAUCCAGCCUGGAGCAACACACCCCAACAAGCAGCACAUGCAUUUGUGGAUCCGCCACCGCCUUAUGGAGCAUAUCCAAUGUACCCCUCACGUCCUGAUUACAAAUCAUAGACAUGGACUUACUUUGCAUGCCAUUAUUUGAUGUUUUCAGACUCCUUACGGAUAUAUAUGUAUCAUACAUCGCAAAACAAUCAUAUCCUUUUCCUGCAGAUUUUAUUUGUGGAUGUUUGCUUUCUUCAUUGUCCAUAAUACAAUUCAGUUGCUGAAAAUGAAGUUGCUGCCAUUACAAAUAAUAUGUAAAUGUUAUGUAUGGGGAGCUGAUUUGCACUUUUGGAUUGGCUUAGGGACUGCACAUUUGUAAAGUGAAAGUUUUGUGUUUAACUGCUGCACAUAGCCGUUUCUUGCCACAGGCAGACAAGGCGAGUGCCCAGGGCCCCCAAGCCACCGGGAGCUCCAAAGCUGAAAAUGUAUCCUCAUCUGAGGAGAAAUGAUUUCACCUGUCUUUAUCAGAAGCUAUCUCGUGUGAUUGUAAUAUCCCUUAUGUGCUUAAAUAUAUAUGCAGAAUAUAAAUAAGAAAAACUGCAGUGGUAA